UAAACGAAUCCCUGGAUCAAUAUCCGAUAUGACAUACCGAGGGUUUGGUUACGUAGUGGAUUCAUGUCCUACCAGUGAGACAGAGUUUAUCACAGCUGCUACCAGACUGAAUUGUGGAGUGGACAAGUAUGGACGUAAUCAGUAUACCUGUGUCCCUAACGAAGACAGAUCAGCUCUUGUAGAAUUCUGCUACGGCAAAAUUGUCAGCUAUUAUCAAAAGGGACAUUGCCUUGUGACAUUCGGGGAUGGAUAUUUGGAUCAAAUCAGUUGUGAUCAAUUUCAAGCUGGUUGUCCGGAGGCAAAUUUCCGAGGAAAUGACUUGUACAAAUUUUCAGCUUGCAGUUUAAUCAACACAGAAAAGCAAUGUUUUUAUGCAGAACUCUCUUGUCCGAACACGUAAACUUUGAUUUGAAUUUUUUUAAUUCCAUGGUCAUAAUUGUUCCCAACAUUCUUGUGACUGUGUGCAUUUAUAUAACCAAAAUAUUUAAUUAGUUCUUUUAUGUUUCUCUAGAUAUUGAAAAUAUUGAUUUAUUAAAGAUUUAAGUCCUUUUCUA